AUGAAGCACUGUGGCUCGUGGGACGUGAUGUCUGUGGCCUUCAAGGAGAAGUCGCCAACGUUUUCAAACCGCGUUAACACCUUCCUCGCAGCCAUCCACCCCACCUUGCGGGCCAAGUACAUUGACACCGUGUUGGACAAGUACUCCAUGCAGCACCUGCAGACGAGUGGACAUCGGUUCAACAACUUCCCAUCCGCACUGUACGCUGUCGACGUCACGUUUCAGUGGACGAACGCGCCUGCCGGAAGUUUCAACGAGAAGAAGCGUUUCUACAGCAAGAAGCAUGGGCAGUACGGCUUGAAGGUGGAAGCAAGUGUGUUGCCCAACGGCCUCGCCAUCAAAGUGACCACGGCUGUGCCAGGAAGCGUCGCUGACAUUACCAUCUGCGAGUCGAACCUCGAUUUUCACCAAGACAAACUGAAGAAGAUUGGCGAAGAAGACGACAUGUUGGACGACGGCCCAAUGCAAGAAGAGUAUCCCCGGUCGUGGGCUCUGCUUGCUGACAAAGGCUACCAAGGCCUUCACCGCCAACUGCGUGCGAUCACUCCGAUGAAGCGACCAGCAGGUGACCUUUUGUCUGCCGCCGACAUGGCCGUGAAUGACAAGAUUGCGAGCGAUCGUGUCAUUGUGGAGAACUUUUUCGGUCGUAUCAAGACGUUGUGGUCUGUCGUGGAUGACACGUACACGUGGAAGCGAGAAAAUUACGAUCUUUACUUCCAAACGUGUGUGGCAUUUACGAACCUCCAUAAUUGUUUCUUGCCUUUACGGGAAGUGGACGGAGAUGACCUUCGUAGGCAUGUCAAUGGACUUUUGUCCUCGGGACAGAAAAAGAAAGCAAAGCGUGCUGGUUCAGUCAUGAAGUCUCGCGAAAAGCGCAAACGGCGCUUGAGUUCUUUGUUUUCUACUGGGGAGAGUGCUCAGUUCACUUCCGAGGUUGAUUUUUACGACAGUGCUGACGAAAGUAGUAUUUUUGAUUAA